AUAAAUAAUAAACAUUUUACAAUAAAUUUCAGCAUCGUUCGAAGCCUGUUUAAAAUUACAUAUACACGCAUAUAUAUAUAUAUAUAUAUAUAUAUAUAUAUAGUACUGGAAUAUAGCUAUAGAUCGAGCGAGCGAGCUCACAAACUCUACACUCUCGAUUCUCCAAUAAAACAGUACAUUUCCUUUCCUUCCUCAUUCGUACGAAAUUUUUCUUAAAAAAAACAAAUAAUAAUCAUUUGAGAUCCGUUAUAAACUUAUUGUUGUUACAAAACAAAUUGAUAAUCAUCUCUUCGCAUGUCGUUAUAUUAACAAUAAGAGACAACAAGAUAAUUCGUAAUACCGAAUUUCCAUCGAAGCAACAACGUCUGAAUUAAAAAGAUUUCAGGUAAGAAACAGUAGAAGAUUGAUUAUAGUUGUCGUUUUUUAAAGAAGUUCAAUUCGUGUAAUUAUUUUUUUUAAAUUCGUCUCUCUUCUUUUCGUACGUAUACUUGAACCAUCUCGCUUGCACGUAUCGAUUAUUCGUUAAUGGCGAAUACACAUAGUCGUACAAUACACUGGAUUCAAGUACACGUAACACGGGCACGAUUGAAAAAUAAUGCUUCGUCGAUUAUCGUUCGAUUGAAAAAAAAAAAAAAAAAAAAUUACGGAUAUACACGGAAUUAUAUAUAAAUUCCGUAACGAGGGAUAAAAUUCACUCUUGCAGAGCAAAAUUAGAACGAGGAUUCUUGGCAUUGUUUGAAUAAUGAACGAACGAACGAACGAACGAACGAACGAAUGAAAUUCAACGCGAAUUACACGCGCAAUUACACAGGAAAUUAUUUACACAAGAUAAUUCCAUAACUUUGUGCGUGUAUGGAUAUCGAUUUUCUUGAGGUAUUGAAAAUCUUCUAGUUGAAAAACUAGUAGCUGGAAAAAAAGGAAAUAUAAUUUUUGUAUUAUAUAAUAUUUGUGUUGUAUCAUCCUUAUAUAAUCCUUAAAUAUUAUUUAUUUAAUACACGUAUCGAAACGUAAUAUUUUUUUUUUUAGUUGGAUAAGUGUGAUCAUGUCGUUGGAUUUGUAUUACAUGCCCAUAAGUUCACCUUGCAGGACAGUCCUCUUGGCUGCGGAAGCCAUCGGUAUCUCCUUAAAUUUGAAGGAAAUCGAUAUAUUUGCAAAUGAACAUUUGAAACCGGAAUAUGAACAAUUAAAUCCGCAGAAAACUAUUCCAUUUCUCGUAGACGGUGAUUAUAAACUGACGGAAAGUCGAGCUAUUAUGUCGUACUUAGCCGAUCAAUAUGGUAAAAAUGUUCGCCUGUAUCCACAAACACCAGUUGGCCGAGCUUUAGUCAAUCAUAGAUUACAUUUUGAUAUCGGUACUCUGUACAGAGGCAUGAAGGAUUAUUACUAUCCAGUCGCGUUUGGAAAGACAAAGGAUUAUAAUCCUGAAUGUUAUAAAGUAUUCGAAGGCGCGUUUGACGUUCUGAAUAAAUUUCUGGAUGGACAAGAUUAUGCCGCUGGACGCAAUUUAACUAUCGCUGAUCUCGCUUUAGCUGCCACUGUAUCGACAGCAGAGGUUUUCGGUUUCGAAGUGGAGAGAUAUACUAAUGUUGGUAAAUGGAUGAACAGGAUAAAAUCACUCGCACCAGGUUAUCGUAAAGCUAAUGGCGAAGGAUUAGAAAUAUUAAAGAAAUUAAUUGAAGAUUUUAAAAAGGACUAACGUAUAUAAAUAUUUAUAUAUUAAUUUGUAUAGAAUAAACUGAACUUAAUGAUUAAAAUUCAAU